AUGAACUGCAAGUCAGACUUGCACAUCGAGGGGAAUUUCCCUGCCCCCAUUCCACCCCCACCUUUUACUCCUAAUGGUGAUUUCACCCUUUCGUCCUUUCGGGCGAAAUCAUAUUUACAACAUAUUCCAGCAUCACAAUAUGGCUAUUUUCUACUGUCCCUGUUGGACGACGCUGCGGCGCUCCAAUUUAUGUUCACUGGAGUAUCUGUCAACGAGGCCCUGGACGUUCUAUGGUCUAUUUUGGAUGAGCUGUUCAAUAUACAAGAACUGAGUGUCAUAAUCAGAGAACGCUUCCGGAAGCGAAAACAGCAACCUUCUGAGUCUGUUGAUGAGCUCCUGAGAUCGUUGCGUGUGUUGUUGGCAAGGGCCUUUCCCGAUUACUAUAUCGAUACUCGCAAUCGUGAACUCUUGGAUCAGUUUGUCCUCGGAAUUAGAGAACGCUCAUUACUUCAGGAGUUUAUUCUUGACCCACCUUUUUUUGUUUCAUGA